AUGCACAAGAAUAUAUAUAGUGAUAAAUAUCCAAAAAGAAGAAGUGACACAGAAAGUAUUUUCAGUUUUUCACCAUAUAGACAAUUAUACAUACUGCCACUGCAUGAGAGUUCCAACACUACCAAAUUAAGCCCAGAUUCCCAGUGUUACACUUUCAUGUACAAACUGUAUAACCAUGAGCCCAUUAACUUAUACCAUACCUCUAAACACACGGUUCUUUCAUAAACAUAGUGUUAACGGUCGAGUUGUGGGGGUUUCUGCAGUGGGUCAAAGACGAUGGCUGCAACAGCUACUGCUGCAUUCCACCAUGAAUAAGUUUAGGCUUCUGGUAUUAAUGGUUUUCUGCAGUGGGCUUUUUAUUAACACUAGUACUAGUGUAUCUACAAGACCAAAUGUGAUUAACAUUGGGGCUAUUUUUUCUUUCAAUGCUUCCAUCGGCAAAGUUUCAAAAGUGGCAAUAGAAGCUGCAAUCGAAGAUGUGAAUUCCAAUCCAGCAGUUUUAGUUGGAACUAAGUUCAAACUUUCAAUGCAGGAUACCAAAUUAUCUAGCGAAUUUCUGGGUAUUGUUGAGGCUUUACGGUUUAUGGAGAAUUAUACAGUGGCCAUACUUGGUCCCCCGUACUCAGUUAUGGCUCAUGUAAUUUCACAUAUUGCGAAUAAACUCCAUGUACUUCUAUUAUCCUAUGUAGCAACUGACCCCACCCUGAAUUCACUUCAGUUUCCUUACUUUGUUCGGUCAACGGAAAGUGAUCUCUUUCAGAUGGCUGCAGUAGCAGAAAUUGUAGCCUACUAUGAAUGGCGAGAUGUAAUAGCAAUCUAUAUUGAUGAUGAUUAUGGGAGAAAUGGGGUUGCUGCCUUAGGGGACAAACUAGCUGAGAAACGAUGUAAAAUAUCAUAAAAAGUUCCUAUGAGCCCUGACUUAACCCAUAAUGACAUCACCAAUGCACUGGUCAAGGUGGCUUUGAUGGAAUCUCGGAUUAUUAUCCUCCACAUUUAUGAUACCUGGGGUCUAAAGGUACUUGAUGUGGCACGCAAUAUGCAGAUAAUGGGAAGUGGAUAUGUGUGGAUAGCUAUUGAUUGGCU